AUGUCUGCUUCCAUCGUGGAAAGGCUGGACACUCUAGUGGCUGAUAUCCUGGCUGACUGGAACAUUUACACCACUAUUGUUGCUGGUGUUGUUGUCGCCUUUGCUGUGUACUCCGUUGUCUCAUCUCAAGACCCCGAUGUCCAUCCAUUCCUUCUUGCUCGCCAAUCUACUGCAUCCCCUAUCCGCCAGCAGGGCGAAUCUGCAACAUACAGAUGUCUGGAAACUCCACAUGGCUUACCCCUGCGAUUUGGUCUGAACGUCAAGGAUCCCGGUGCGCCAAAAUGGACCGGUGGCCGCCGCGGUGACCUGCGUGAUAUCUGGAAGACCGCUGUGCGUGGAGCUUUGAAUGAAGAUGGCACCAUGUCCGGAAAGCAGGGCAAGAUCUAUACUGUGCUGGGGAAAAAGGCCAUUGAGCACUCGUUGGGCCAAAUCACUCAAGAGAUUAACGUUAUUGGUCGUAAUCUGCAGAGCGCCGGUGCGAAGACUGUUGCUAUUUGCCUCACAGACUCUAUUGAACUGCUGGCUGCGAUCUUCGCGGGUGCUUUCUACGGUUUCAAGGUUGUUAUUGUGCCCCAUAACCUCCCAGCAGAGACACUAUCAGCUCAUUUGCAACAAGCAAAGGCAGAUGUUCUCAUUGCUGAGGCUGGAUCUAUCGAUCUGUCUGUUAUCUCAAAGGACAACAAACAGCUCUCGCUCGCUCUCUGGGUCGCCAAGUAUGGUAACCGUCACAUGGACUGGAACGAGGUCCCCGAGGACGUCAAGGAUAGCUUGAGUGUGGCAGUUUGGCAUGACCUAGUCGAGGAGCACAAAGAUAUUGCUGGCUUCGAUGUUCCCGAGUAUGAUCCUAAAACGACGACGCCCUCUGUUAGCACCGUUUGGCCCUCUUCGUCUCAAUCAGGCCAAUUUAUCGAGUUUCAGCCCGAAAACCUUGUUUCCGCUGUUGGUGCAUUGAAUUCAUCAUUGCCCCGUACCCAGCGCUUCACUCCGGCUGACACUGUCCUCUCCAUCGACUCGCUUUCUCGGUCUUACCCACUAUGCCAGACCAUGGGUGCACUGUUUGCCAACUCUUCCAUUGCCCUAAAUUCUGUCGCCGGAGAAUCCGUGGACUUUGCUUUGGCCACUGCUGGUGUGUCUCCUACAGUCAUUAUUGCAUCGUCGCAAACCAUGGGUGAUUAUCAUGAAAAGAUUAUGCGCCCGCACACUGGCCUUAUCUCGUCCAUUGGUCGCUGGCUCCAAGCACGAACUCUCGAUGCAGGAAACAUGCCAACCCACAACUUCUUUAGCCAGCUGGCUCGCAUUGGUCCCACCGCUGAGCUUUCUCUGGACAACCUGCGCCUCCUUUGCAUUUCCCACCGCAUUGAUAGCAACUCCGCUUCUCGUCUGACCUCUGAACAAUUGACCGAGCUUCGAAUCUUCACUGGCGCUCGGGUUGUUUAUGCCUUGACCGGGCCCGGAGUUGCUGGUGCCAUUGCCCAGACCAACGCCUUCGACUACAGAUGCCUCACUGGCCCCAGCCACUUUGGUGCCCCGUUGAGCAGCACUGAAAUAACUCUGAAAAAUGUCCCUGAGAACUCUAACGGUGUGGAGGAGGGUCACCUUACUGUGUCUGGCCCUGCUGUUAUCGAUGGCACCACCUCUUUUUCCGCAAAGGCACGCAUCGGUACCGACAACACCCUGGAAUUGUGCUUAUAA